UGGCGGGAGCGGAUGAGGAGCCGGUGAGCGGAGCCGCGGCGGGCGGGAAGGAGGGCAGUGAGGAGAGAACCGGCAAAGUUGCCUCUGCUCCGCCUUCGCGCUGGGAAUCGGUGCGGGAGCGAAACCCGCCGCGGGCUGAGCCGCCCGCUGGGCCGGGAGCACCCUCAGCCUCACACACGCGUGUGAGGAAGGAGCCGUUCAGCCGCGCUCUGUGGAGGCCGGGGGUCGUCAUUCCCCCUCAGCCAAGUCCUUGUGUGAAAGGUAGACUGGAAUUCAUAUGUAUUCAGUUUUAUGUGACUGGUUUGGACUCCUACUAUUUUUAAGGAGUAUUUCCAAUCUUUACCAUCAACUGGAUUUUCUUCAUAUGCCUCUGCUGCUCUUAAGCUGGGAUCACUUUGUUUCUUGUCUGCACCACAAAAGGGACAUGCAUCUAUAGGUGACUAACUACAGGAAUUUCAAGAUGCCUAAUCUUGAACAUCCAGCAUACCCAGCAGCUGACCUGCUUCAUUUGGAAAGCUUGGUGCCAUGUCGUGAAUCCCAGGUGUCCAUGUUGCUGUCAAUAUUUGGAGAGCGUCAGCAGUUUAGUUUGCCAUCCAUCUUUAUCUAUGGACAUACAUCUAGUGGAAAGACUUAUGUGAUGCAAAACCUUCUAACUACCUUACAGCUUCCUCAUGUUUUUGUGAACUGUGUGGAAUGCUUUACAUCACGACUUCUUUUAGAAGAAAUUCUCAUCCAGUUGCAAAGCUAUUCUUCUGACACAGAGCAGGCCACUCCUGUGCACUGUGAUACUUUCAAUGACUUUGUUCGUCUGUUUAAACAAGCUGUGGCGAGUCAAGAGCUUCAAGAUCAAACAUUAUACAUUGUACUGGAUAGAGCAGAACAGCUGAGRGAAAUGGAAGCAAACAUCCUGCCAGCAUUUCUUAGGCUUCAAGAGUUGACUGACAGAAAUGUGACAGUUGUCCUGCUCAGUGAAAUAGUGUGGGAACUCUUCCGUCCGAAUGUUGGAUGCUUUGAGCCAUUCACCAUGUAUUUUCCUGAUUACAGCAUAGGACAUCUGCARAAGAUCUUGUCUCAGAAUCAUCCCCCAGAAUAUUCUGCAGAUUUCUAUUCUGCAUAUAUCAAUAUUUUGCUUGGUGUCUUCUACAUGGUCUGUAGGGACCUGAAAGAACUUCGGCAUCUGGCAGCGCUCAAUUUUUCUAAAUACUGUGAACCAGUGGUUAGAGGGGAAGCAAAUGAACGCGACACCCGCAAACUCUGGAAGAAUAUUGAACCUCAUUUGAAGAAGGCAAUGCAGACUGUUUAUCUCCGGGAGAUAUCCAGCUCACAGUGGGAGCGUUUGCAGCAUGAUGGUGGAGAGCCUGGGCAAUUGAAAGGACUUUCUGCACAUUCCCAUGUGGAACUUCCAUAUUACUCCAAGUUUCUUCUAAUAGCUGCUUACCUUGCCUCCUACAAUCCUGUUAGGACAGAUAAGAGAUUCUUUCUUAAGCAUCAUGGGAAAAUUAGAAAGACCAACUUCAUGAAGAAACAUGAGAAGACCAGCAAUCACCUCCUUGGGCCAAAGCCAUUUCCUCUGGACAGAUUGUUAGCAAUAUUAUAUAGUAUUGUGGACAACAGAGUUGCUCCAACUGCAAAUAUAUUUUCCCAGAUCACCUCUCUUGUGACACUCCAGCUGUUAUCCAUGGUUGGCCAGAAUGACCAGCUUGAUGGACCGCGAUACAAAUGUACUGUAUCUCUGGACUUCAUCAGAGCUGUUGCCCGGACUGUGAACUUCGACAUAAUAAAGUACUUGUACGAUUUCUUGUGAAAACAAGCUUCACAGCCAUAUGGACACUGUGACAAUGACUAAGGCAAGCUGUGUUCAUCUCUCUACUUAGCUGGCCAGAAAGAAGAGUAUUUUGGCGCUUUUGGAUUUGUCCAAACAGGUGCUGGCCCAGCAUGGAACCUGAUGAAAAUACUCUGAUUGGUCUGGGUGGAUCUGAGCAGAGGACUAUUUACCAGGGACCCUGGAGUAUUUGGAAGCAAUGUGUUAAUUAUAAACAGCAGGGUUUGAGCACAAUCUGUUCUACUCUUAAUGAUGUUAUCUUAACACUGAAAUUGCCUGAAACCCAUUUACUUAGGACUGCAUUUUGCUCUAUGAACUCUCCCCAGUGCUUUGAACAUGGCAGCAGCCGUUGUUUGUAUGCCCAGUCUUUUCACUUCCUCUCCACAGGAAUCUUUGCAAUUGCCUGCCAAAGCAGCUUUUCCUGAGGCCACCAUUUUAGGAGAGUGGGGUAGCAAAGUAUAAUAAACAUAAGAACAUAUUUAAAAAUCAWGCUGGUACAAACUCAUCUUUCCCUUCAGUAGUAUGUAGGCAGACUGUUAYGCUGUUAUAUGGAGAUCAGGAUGAUAGGAAACUCCCAAUUAGUCACCAUAGUCUCUUUUUCAGACCAUUCAUAAAUGUUGAYAAUGAAACUAUUUUUACAAAGUUCUACUUUAAAGAAGUAAUUGAUUCUGAAAAUUUUAUCUCUGUGUCAACUUGAAAUGUAUUAUUUUUGCUUCAACAUUYUAUAGCCCUUUUAUGCUCAUCCAGUUACAUGAAAUGCUAAUUAUAAUGCCGUGUGGAAUUAACGUAUUUUUAAGAUACACACCAUGGAAUGGCUUUUGUAACAGCCUUGUUCCUGUAGGAGAGGAUGGCACAGCUGCCUUUUCAUCAGAAAGGGAGCAAUUCAACAGGUGACAGCGUCUUUCUGCAGCAGUUCCCCAAAAGAGGUGGAGUAGUGAAUAAACAAUGUGGUAUUGUAACAUAAAACUUCAUCCUUGGAAAUACCUGACAGAAUACACUACAAUUUAGGUUACAAGUAGAAGAUUGUCAACUUAUGGAGCAUUAAAAUCCUCUAGUCCAGUUGGAGGUUAUUGUCUUCAUGAGUCUGAGGAUUUCUGUAACCCUCUUGAAAACUUCACAUCUCACAGCUUUUUACUUAGAUGUUUUUCUCUUGAAAUCUCACCUUGACACCUUUGCUCACCUUCUGUUUGGCAGCAGAAGACUGUGGCAGGUCCUAAGUUGAACGUUAUGGUUUUUUUUCAAGGAAAUAUCAUUAGUCUUUCCUCCUUGCUCUUAUGUUAGAAAUGGUCAAAUACCCUGAACAUAUGUAGUCUUUACUCUUGUUUGUCUUUCUUGCUUUGAUUUGCUUUGCUUUCUUUUUUUCUUGCUUUCUUGCUUUCUUUUUAUGUUUUCUUUUUUUGUUGCUUGCUUUUUUCCCCCUCAAUUGUGGAUGCAUGGCCAUACUUCUGGAUUCAGACCCAAGUGACAAAAGCAUCCUUCUGGCCAAGCUCUGGCUUCCUCCCUCAGGGGAGUGUGAAAGGGCAGCGAUGAAUCAUCUCCGUGAUCUGUUUUCCUUCCUACCGCUGAGCUGGAUCAAACCCUGCACCUGUCCAUGAGRUGGCAACAUUUGUCACACUUACUGAAGUGCUUGGAUGUAAAUACAUKGCCUGUUUCAAAAAUGUUUACUACCUGCUUUUGUUUUUACUUAUUUAGAUGUCCAUAAUGGGAACUUUGGGCUAAACUUUACAGUGCCUUUCCAUCUUCGAGCUACUGCUGGGCUGAACUUGGUUCUUGUGGAUCUCCUGUAUCAAUACCUAGGACUGCAAUUUGUAAUGGAAAGAAGUUU